AUGGAAAUAAUAGAUUUUCUGGAGGAUGACACACAGGAAGGAUUAACAUCUUUUAAGUUUCUGCUGAAAUUCUUCUAUAAAGUCGUGAAGGUCAGUUCUAUGCAUGGAGCGUAUCACGUAUCGCAAAUACGACGGCAUCCUUGUGAAGUGAUCGUUUGGUGCGCAUUAGUGUUUAUUGCUGCAGCAUGCAGUUGCACCAUUAUUUUUAUGUUCUGGGGCAGAUACUACCAGCGACCAACCGUAAUGUCUAUCGAGAGGGACUACAUGAACUGGAAUAUAUCAUUUCCACCAGUAACCCUUUGUGGGAUAGAAAAAAUCAAUAAAUCCGCGCUCUACGAGUAUGUAUCUGCAAGCAAUGCAACCGACAAGCGAAAAUUAGCGAGAUUCAUCCAAAACCUCGUCAACCUUACGUACGAUACAAUCGAUGAUAUUGUUGAGUACCGCGACCUGCCCGGAGAGGAGUUUUUGUAUCUGCUCGAAAUGGUUACGUACAACAUGCAGGCAGAGAUGGUAACCACUGCUAAUGACACAUUCCCUAUCGAGAGGGUGAUUACUGAGAUGGGAAUCUGCUAUGCAUUCAACUGGGAUAUCUCCAGAUACUUUUCGCCUAGAUAUUUUCUAGAUAACGUGAUGCCUCCGCCAGCCGAUAAAUACAUGGUCUCGAUAUUUGACGUGGAAAAAGUUGCUUUUCUAAAGGAUGUAAGACAUUAUGAGAUUUACACUCACGAUUCCCUGGACACCCCAAACACUCGACGGAAGUUGAGAGUUUCAGAGGACACGACCACCUUCACCCUGCUUCGAUUCAAUGCCAUCCCGAUUGUCGCCAGUGACAAUAUACGCAGACUUCGCAUUAAGCAACGAAAGUGUCGUUUUAUUGAUGAAUCCAAUUUAAAUCACUUUCCCAUAUACACAUUCAGUUUAUGCCGAAUCGAAUGUAAAAUCAACGCCAUUUUGAAAUUCUGCGAAUGCCUGCCAUUCUUCUAUAAACGACUUCCGGGAGAACGAUAUUGCGACUGGCAAGGGCUGAAAUGUGUAGGAAUUAAUCGAGAUAGAAUCAAACGUAAGGCCUUGGAAUGCGAUUGCUACGGUAACUGCGAAGAUACAAAAUUUAUCGUUGACGAGUUCAGCACAGCAUUUUGGACGUUACCGAGUGCCAUUCGUAUCGAACUGUCGAAUACUAAAACACGACUACGACGGAACGUUAUCUAUAAACUUAGUGAUGCCUUUGUUGUCGGGAAUAUUUUAUAG